GCAGCGAGCCCAGCACCAGCGUCCCCCUGCUCCUCCGCUCAGCCACUGCUGGGUCCGACUUCGUCUGGCGACGACGGCGAUGGGGGGGUUGUUUUGGUUAAAGUUGACGGAUUUUUUUCUCUCCACGUUUCUAUUCCCGCACUGUUGAGUUCCGGGACGUUUUGACGUACUUUCUGGGUGUUCAAACCGUCUGCUUUUCUUCCAGCUCCCGGAGGAGAAACUAACUUGGGAAUAACAGAUCUUUAAGCUGAGAGGAGCAACUUUUCCAACUGCCUUACUAGUCAACGGGCUGACCUAUGCUAAGCUAACCCCGCUAGCCAAUGCUGUUGAAAUCCCUGUUUAAAGUCCACAAACGAGCAAGAGGACUUUACAUGUCGGGGUACGGUCACUAGACGGUAUUUACGGGCUACUUUCCAUGAGAAAGCUGCCGCUCGGAGCUUCACUUUACCCGGUCUGAGUGGACGGUGCAGGUGCACCUCUUGCGGCACCUGCGAAAACUUGGUAACUUAGCUCCAUCGUUGGAAAGCUAACUUUAGCUUGUCGCAUUAGCAUUAAACAGAAGCAGAUACUAUAGUGUGGAGCUAUUCUUCUCUCAUGGCAGAGAUUGUUUGAGGUUUAAGACAUGAGUUGUUAGUUUCAGAGUGUAUAUUGCUGUUUAACCGUCAGCCGUUAAAGUGGUGACAUUAGCUAAGGCUAACCGUUGCUAGCAAGUUGUGACCCUCAUUCACUUUUACCGGAGUGGCGACGUGGAUACAGGGCUGUGGACGCUGUCUCUCCCACAGGACUUUGGACACGGUUUCUUCCUGCCCCGGGCUGCGCAGGGUAUGCCCCUCUCUUAUCAGCAGCUAGUGUAGAUGUGACAGCAUGCGGAUUUCUCAAAGUUACAUUUCACCGUUUUAAAGUUUUCGUUUUGUCCUAAAAGCUCUGCACCCUAUGGUGCCGCUACGGCCACCGAGAAAUGGAUGUCUCGCAGGCCGCUUUCCCAAACGGUGAAGGGCGGCCGGGCGGCGGUGGGACAGGGGAGCAUGCCUGGACAGAUGCCCCCACGGUUCGGGCGUGGGCUCACUCCGCCCCGCUGUGCCCGACCCGGUCCCUGUGGACAGCUGCGUAUGACUACGAGGCAAGCGGCGAGGACGAGCUCAGCCUCAGACGCGGGGACGUGGUGGAGGUGCUGUCCAAAGACGCAGCGAUCUCCGGGGACGAGGGAUGGUGGACGGGCAAAAUCAACCACCGGGUCGGGAUUUUCCCCUCCAACUAUGUCACCUACCAGCCCGCUAUUUACCGUCUCCCUGCAACGAGUGUCUCCGUUGGGGCACGAGAGCAAGUCCCGAGCACGCCUGUCCAGAUCCCCUUCAGUGAACUGGUACUAGAGGAGAUCAUAGGCGUGGGUGGAUUUGGCAAAGUUUACCGAGGCACAUGGAAAGAUCAGGAGGUCGCCGUGAAGGCGGCUCGGCAGGACCCAGAUGAGGACAUAACAGCCACCGCCAGCAGUGUUAAACAAGAAGCGAAACUUUUCUCCAUGCUGCAGCACCCCAACAUUAUUAAGCUGGAGGGAGUGUGUUUGAAGGAGCCCAACCUGUGCCUGGUCAUGGAGUAUGCCCGAGGCGGGACACUGAACCGGGCGUUGACCGGAAGGCGCAUCCCUCCACACAUCCUGGUCAACUGGGCCGUGCAGAUUGCACGCGGGAUGCUGUACCUACACGAGGAGGCCGUGGUACCCAUUAUCCAUCGUGACCUGAAGUCUAGCAACAUUUUAUUACUUGAAAAGAUUGAGAAUGACGACAUCGGGAGGAAGACCUUGAAGAUCACAGAUUUCGGCUUGGCCAGGGAGUGGCACAAAACCACGAAAAUGUCAGCUGCAGGCACCUACUCCUGGAUGGCCCCCGAGGUCAUCAAGUCGUCUCUCUUCUCCAAAGGCAGUGACGUCUGGAGCUAUGGUGUCUUGCUGUGGGAGUUGUUAACGGGGGAGGUGCCUUAUCGUGGGAUAGACGGCCUGGCUGUUGCUUACGGUGUGGCAGUCAACAAGUUAACUCUACCAAUCCCCUCCACUUGCCCCGAACCCUUCGCCAAGCUCAUGGAAGAGUGUUGGGACCAGGACCCCCACGUGCGUCCCUCCUUCUCCUGCAUCCUGGAGCAGCUGUCGGCCAUCGAGGAGGCAGUGAUGGCCACCAUGCCCCAGGACUCCUUCCACAGCAUGCAGGAUGACUGGCGCGUGGAGAUCCAGGAGAUGUUUGACGAGCUCAGGACCAAAGAGAAGGAGCUGCGUUCCAGAGAAGAGGAGCUGACGCGGGCCGCCCUCCAGCAAAAGUCUCAGGAGGAGCUGCUGAAGCGUCGGGAGCAGCAGCUGGCGGAGCGGGAGAUCAACGUGCUGGAGAGAGAGCUCAACAUCCUCAUUUUCCAGCUCAACAAAGACAAGCCCAAUGUGAAGAAGAGGAAAGGCAAAUUCAAACGUUCCCGCCUCAAACUGAAAGAUGGAAACCGCAUUAGCCUGCCGUCAGACUUCCAGCAUAAGAUCACCGUGCAGGCGUCACCUUCUAUGGACAAGCGGCGAAGCCUUCACAGCACCAGCUCCUCUCCUCCCAGCAGCCCCACACUCAUCCCCCGGCUACGAGCCAUUCAGCUUACGCAAGAUGAGAGCAACCGAACGUGGGGCCGCAGCACCCUCUUCAGGCCAGAGGAGUUUGAUGACGUGAAAAAGGGAAUCAAGAAGAAAGGAAGAACCUGGGGCCCCAGUUCAGUCCAGAGCAAAGAGAGGCCUGCUGCUGCUGAGAGAGUGCGUCCUCUGUCAGAUGGUAGUAACCCCUGGUCCACCAGCCUGGUCAAGUCCCAGAAGUCUGUCCCCCUCGCUGCCCUGUUUGCUGAACAAGCAGGGGGCGGCAAAGACGAGGCAUUCUCCCAGGAAUGUCCCGACAGCAGCUCCAAGCCAAAGCAGCUCAAGUUCCCCAACCAGGUGUACAUCGAUCUACCUCUGUGGAGGGACGAGCAGCAGCCUCAGAGCCCCGGUGGGCAUUGUGGGUCGGCAGAUGCUGGGGUCGGGGCAGCAGGUCAGGGUGCCCCACCAGAGACCCCAGACGACCCCUACACCACCACAUCCACCUCAUCCACCUCCACCACCCCACAGCUGACCCCCACUAACAGCCUGAAGCGGACGUCAGCUCGCCGCAAGACUGACUCUGUGCUGUACGGCUGCGGCUCACUGCUGGCUUCAGUUGUGCUCGGUUAUGACAUUAGGGAGGCUCUCAAAAACUCUGGGGAAGAUUGCGAGCCCCCGCGCGAGGAGAAAGAGAAGAAGAAGAAGGAGGGCCUGUUUCAGCGAGCGACCCGGUUCCGCCGCAGCACCUCACCGCCCAGUGGUCGCUCCCGCAAAGACGAGGCAUCGUCAAAUCACACCGCUACCCAGCCUGUCAAUCUCAUCUCCAUGUCUGCCAUCAUGGAAUGCAACUCCACCAAGUGCCUCUUACAGUCUGAGGCGGAGGUGUCACAGUCCAGCCCGGGGAAGGCUGAGCUGGUGGCUGCCAAUCAUCAUGCAGAGUCAUCCAGACCGGGCCCGGCAGCUUCUACAGAAGGCCAGAGUAACAGGACUGCAGCUAACACACAGACACCAGUGCAAACCCAAAGCCAGCCACCAGAGCAGAGCAACCACAACACUGGAACACGUCUACGCAGAAAGAAAUACACCACCAACCACAAUACCAAUGGCCCACCUGCUCUGCCUCCUCCAGCCACACAGAAGAAGCAGGAUAGAGAGAAGGACGGAGCAUCAGAGAAGCCUUCCAGUGGCGAGGCCUUCUCCAGACCACGGCCAGUGUCGUUCCGGGCCAGACCCCACGCCUGGGCCCUGCUGCGGGGACGCAACAAGAGCUACUCCCUAGGCCACUACUCUGGAGAGAAGACAGCACAAAACCUAAGCAUGGUGCUGACGUCAGAGGGCUGCUCACUGCUGGACAUGGACACAGAGGGACAGAAACGGGACUGCACUGUGCCACUCUGCCGCAUUCAGAGUUCCCCGGGACGGACCUCCGUUUUCGAGCUGGAGAAAGAGUUCCUCUCGUAGGAGCCGUGGAAAGUGAUCUGCUGUGGUCAUAGUUCAUCCCGUACAAUCUAGUGUUUCAGAACAUACAGACAGAAUUUUUGGCCUAAAACUCCUGGAGGGUUUAGAACCAGGCUGCCUUUUUUGUCCUCCAUUUUAUAAAACGUUCUGUAACAUAGAACCCAGCUUUGUCUUAGCUCUAGGACAUAGGGAUCUCAGUGUUCUAGAGCGUAGCUAAGUCUGAGACUUCUCAAAGACAUCUGUGUCACAGGAGGUCUAGAACAUGCACCCACUCAGUUUGAGAACAGUCUAACAUGCUGCGUUAUGUUUUUUACCCUUCCCAUGUCCUGCCUACUGUCACCCUACUGCACUGUGAUUGGCUAGUACUUGUUACCUCAGCGUGAUGCUCUAGUGUAGGCCAGUUUUCCUCUUGGUUACAUUUGCCUUGCUGUCAUUGUUGCUGUAAAAGCUGCAAAUGGCUAAAAAUCUGAUUAACCAAAUUCAAGAAAGUCAAAGGGUUAGAGAACUCUUUAAGACAGUUCGUCUCAAUCUUUUUUGGGCCCUAUCAGUUUUCCAGGUCCCCUUCUGCACCAUUAGUUGAAAUGUAGGUUAAUUGUCCUCCUUCAAUAUUAAUAUUAUGUCAUUAAAAAAGCAUGUCAUUAAAUGCCAAAAAACAGAUUUGAUUGAACUGGACAGCUGGAAUGUCAUUAACAUUAGUUUCCCAGGGAACUAAAAAGCCACGUCAAUAGAAGUCAUACAGUAUUUAUGAGUGUUAAACAAAUGCAACAGUAAGAAAAUUGAUAUUUAAACUUUAAAGGCAUCUCGUUAUUGAUCACAAACAGCAGCCAGACAGUGAACGGCCAAACUAGAAGUAUUCUUAUUAAUUGUUCCGAUUGAAAACAAGGGCAGCCUACUAAGGAAAAAGUCUGAGGCCACUUGGAAAAAAGCAGUAAAUGGACUUGCACUUGUAUCACCCCUUUCCAGUCUCCCAACCACUCAAAGUGCUUUCUACACUACGCGUCACCUUUGAACACAGGUGGCUGAGGAUACUGAAAGAGGUGCCACAUGCUACACAGCUUUAACACACUCACGUGCCGAUGGAACAGCCAUCAGGAGCGAUGUGGGGCUCAGUAUCUUGCUAGCUAGUAUCAGUAAGCUAGCUUCCGUUGACGGCCUAUUUAUCGUAACCUUCAAAGGAAAUAAGCUAAAUUGCUUUAAAAGCCAGUGUAAACCCUGUGCUUGGUGAUCCUCAGCCAGUUUCUUCACUGCAGGUUGCACAGAAGUUUCAGCCGUAGAACUGUUGUAGAUUUUACAAAGAGCAUGAGGAGCCAGCUGUACAGGCCGCCGACCUGUAGAUGAGGCUUCUUGCUGUGCAAAAAAAUGGAGGCAGGCACAGCUGCAGUGUCUCAGCCAAGUCCCUCUCUCUUUUUCUUUCUAAGAAUUACUAUUGCUCACGGUUUUCCAACGCUCCCCACUCAGAAGUAGAAUAGCUUUCUACUGUAAUGCAUUAAAAGAACUGAGAUAUGCUCUUUGACAGAGGCACGCGCCUGAAGCAUUAAAGCUCUGAGCAGGCCCAAAAAAUCUGGCCCAACCCUAACUUUCAAACCAUGGCAGUAGUUUUGGGCCAGAGCCCAAUUAAAAAGCCGACUUUCCCCUAAUUUUCUAAGGGCUGACGUGUCUCCUGGCAUCUCUUCUCCUACUUCUCCGUUUCUUCAAGAACAUUGUUGGCUCUGCUGGCGUCUUGGCGUGCACACAACAGGUUCUGCGGAGCGGGCUGAACCCCUCGUGUGUCUCCCUCUUGUAGUGUAUACAGCGCCCCAUGGUGAUGCCAUGCACAGAUGACAAUCACUGCUCUGCUGCAUGUUACACACAUCUCUCCACUGUAUUGCUCCAUGUUUAGUCACAUUACCUCUCCCUCGAAAUCUGCGCUCAUAGCACAGUAGGGCGGGACUUUGGUCAUGCUCACAGCUAGCAUCCACUCAGAAGGACAUGUUGAGGUUAUGAGUACCACCCAAUCACAGCGCAGUGUGGCAGAACCAGGCAGAACACUGGCAGGAGAAUAAUAACGCAUACACACUGCCUUGUCUCUCGAACACACACACAGUUCUGAAACCUGAGCAGAACGUUCUGGAUCAGCAGCUCCUCCUCUGAUCCCUCGGUGCUCGACUGUCGCCUUUGUUCGCUCACCUCUGUCUCUCCCUUUUGUUACCUUCUUCCUUUCUCGUUCUGUCGGUGCAGCUCAACGUUGACCGCUGCUGCAGCUUUCGCAACACAAUACCCUCACCUUUUUAUUUAUAUAUAUAUUUUUAUAGGUAAUUUAAUAUGAAGAGACUUGACCUUACCGUAGCGACCAGCAAGACAUACAUUCCAUGUCAGUUUCAAAGUUGUGCGAUCACGCUUUUAGGUUUUUGUGACUUGAGAAUCAUGCAUGCAUGUACCCUUAAAAUGUUGAACAAAAAAAAAAUGGUUAUGCCUUGUUUGUAAAUAUUUCUUUUUAUCCCAUUCUCAGCCUAAUGCUGGCAGUUGUUUUGUAUUACAUAUAUGCUGUUUUAUGACUGUUUUAAAAGUCAGCGAUGCUGCAGUAUCGUCUGUGCUCUGGGGACAGGUUACACACUGGAUCGUAGCAGGGAUGCAAGUAUGUCUCCUCCCAGAAUGCCCUGAAGAUUUUAGAGAUGCAGGUAGAAAAACACUGGAAGUCCUACGAAGCAAACGUGAAAUCUUUUCACUCAAAACUUGGAUAAAUUUUAAACGGCCACUGUGGUCAUGUGUUGCUAAUAUGGAUUUUUGUAAGAGUAUUUAUAGAAACGGUUGGUUUUUUUUGUUUGUUUAUUAUUUCCUGUAUUCAGCACACUGCAGCAGAGCAGGGGAACACUUCAGUCACGAAUGUUCACGUCAGGAAAACCUGCCAUAAAUUAUGAAUACAAUCUAAUCCCCCGUGAUGAUGGCUGAUUGGCUGAACAUAAUGACGCAGCAGAUUUCAGAUUCAAAUCAUGGAAGGAUUUCUACACAGCCCGGGAGUGACCACGCCACCAAAUAGCAAUACUAUAAACCAGACUGUGAUGGUGAUGUAAUUCUGUAAACCAGACAAACUGUGCCUUCUGACGCAUUGACAUUUCUCUGUAUGUCAAAUUCAUGUCUUAAUUUUUACUAUCAUGUGAGCACAGUAUUGCAAUUUAGGCAAACAAAUGCCAGAGUUCCCACGAUCAUGAAAUUCCUAAGUUAGAGAAACUGUUUUCAAGGCCUGGAAAUAGUUUAGAGAUAACAAAAUGUUUUGGGAAAGUUUUGAAUAUACACUUUUUUGGCUAUUGUUUGAAGUAUGUUUAGAAAAUUCCCAUCUUAACAUUCUGUAGAAUUUGUUCCGUAUAAUACUUAUUUAUAUCUAGUGCUGUGACUGUUGAAACAUCACUAAUAUCAAUUGAUAUACACUGGCGUAUGCAGUAGGGUUACACUAUUUGAGGAAAACAUGCAGUCACAUUGUUGAAUAUCACGAUAACAAUAUUACAUUACUAAUAUUACGAUUACAAUAUUACCACAAUAUUACUUACUAAGAAUGUUACGUUAAUAAGCUGAUAUUAAAGUGUACCAGGUUGAGGCCUUUCUGCCCUCAGUAUACUGCUAAAGUACAAUAAACUGCUUGUUAAAUUUAAAGAAUAUGAAAGGAAAAUUAUGUUUAUAUAUAUAUAACAUAUUAAACAUUGAAGCGAGCAAAAAUAGGCACCGAUUUUAAAAAAAAAAGGACGAUGGUUUCAUUUUUAAGUGAAGUCUUUGAAGUAGCUCCAAAAAAAAUUUUCUUAGUGCAAUAUUGCAGUCUCUCGUGCAAGUUGACAUCCAAAUGACAAUAAAAAGAUACAUUGUGAAGCCGUUGUAUGCAGCUAGAUGGCAGCAACGUCUAACAAGUGAGUUAUGUUCACAGUGCUAGCAGUUUGCUUAUUCCCAAAUGCCCUCUUGAGGUGCAUAUUUAAUAAUUUGUCGUCUUUGAAUGACUAGGCUCAAGAGGGAGGCAGACCCUAACUGCACUGGAUGUGGGCUCUGCAACAAAAUGUUUGACGUUAGCAACAUGGAGAAGCAGCCUAUUUUAAAAUACUUAAAUAAGGUCAUAAAAGUGGGGUGAAAUACUAUGAAAAGUUUUUCAAAUGAAUUGGUAAAAAUGAGUGGGAACCCUGAAAUGUUAUGUUUAAUUAAGUCAUGUUUUUGGUUUUGUUUUAUUUCUUUUUGUCCACUUUUUAUGUAGCAUCAAGCAAACAGUGUCAGCAUGUCGUCAAAUCUCUAUCUAAUCAAGCUCAGAAAGGUCUGGAGACAUUAAGGAUAGAUUUUUGGCUAAAGAGACUGGAGACAGUUUCAUUAUCAGACUCUAAAUGAUUAACAAAGUGUUUGUUAUCCUGAUUUGUUCAGCAGGUUUUUCUCUGGGCUUCUGUGAGCUUGACAGUGUGGAGAUUUGACUGUGUAUCUAGUCCCUUGGUCACUCCUGGGCUCUCUAACUCCUGUGUUACUGUUGACUGAUUAUAUCCCCCCUUUCUUCCCCGCUGUCUUACUUCAGUCUGUUUUUGAGAACAUUAGAAAACAUGUCCCCCUGUUGAAGGACAAAACAAGGGCUCAUCUACAGCGAGAUCUGAAUUCCCAAAUGGUGUAAAUAUAAUUGUGAUUCCUGAUGUGUAUAUCACUGCGGCAUCUUAUGAUGAUGAUUUAGAAUGUGAAGUUUCCCAUGAUCUGUGUUUUAUGACCACUGACUGUCAAAGCAACACUGUAAAGGCCUUACUAAUCACUGAGCUGUUAAAGGGGCAGUUUACAAGCCAAGAUAUCACUGGAUUUACCCUUUGCUAUGAAUUAAGGGUUCAAUCUGUAAAUACCACAAUGCACUGGUGCUCUGUGUUCCCUUAAAAAUAUUUUAUUUCAGUUUGAAGCUGCGGUUUGUCGUCCGGUUCAUGACUCGACGUGUAAACAUUCCACUACAUUUGACAAACUGCAGCAUGAAUAUUUGUGAUACCGGUUAUCAAUAAGGUGCAUUCAGGCUUCUGGCUAAGGGACCAAAUUCACCUCGACCAGCACUAAAGGCCUCUCUGUCUUCAGGACCAAAACCACUAAAUGAACUAGCUGCUAGUGAGGAGUUCUUACAAAGAAAACGACUCGGUACGAAAACUUCACAAAACGACCUCAGAGGCGCAGCGCUGUCGCUGAAAGACCCGCCAGCUUCUGAUCAAUUAACGAGACUUCCUGUUAAAUGCAACACUUCCUUUAAGUCACUGAACGUCUCCGUCACGCUGAAACGUGUCAGAUUAGCUUUGAGUUCAUCUGUUUCAAUGAACUUCUUUUGUUAUCAUUACAGUAUUGGUUAUUUCACGCCAGAUUGAUCAAGAGUAUCAAGUUUUAUCAACAUUUUGAAUAAAGUCUAA